UCGCUGUGUCUCAUCUCCUCACCCCCAAUAGAGAGCAAACAUCGAACACCAAACGAUCACAUUCUAAACCCACCUGUUUCUUGCGAUCAGAGUUAAAACAAAAAAAAGGCAUCCCUUUUCUUGUGUGUGUUUUGGCGGAAAAGAACUGGGUUUCGGAUCGGAGAGAAAAGCAGUGGGUUCAAUUUUCAGAUUUGGGGUUAAAACCCAGUGUUGACAAGUUGUAGACAUCACGGCUAUAUACAGAGUUUCUCGGCCACUCAUACAUGUCCGCUCAGGACGACGCGAUGGUUGUGUAAUUGAGAGCAACCCUUCGCCGCACGGCGGACGUGGCGCUCUGCCUUCCGAAGGCGGUAGCCCUUCCGACCUCCUCUUCCUCGCCGGCGGUGGCGCUUUGAUCUCCUCCUGUUAGUUUAGGUCUAUAUUAGUUAAAAGAGUAUUUUAAGUAUCUUUUAAAGUUGUUCUAGCUAAUAUCGAUCUUUCUAGUGCGUAUUGUUUUGGGCUUGGUGUGUGUCUGUGUGUUUUUGUUGAUUCAAAAAUGUUGAGCAUCAAGAGGGUUCCAACUGUUGUUUCCAAUUACCAAAAGGAAGAGGCGGAGGAAGCUGCUCGCCACGGAGGCGGUUGUGGCCGGAAUUGCCUCAACAAGUGUUGCAUUACAGGGGCAAAGUUACCUUUGUAUGCCUUCAAGAGGACGAACAAGAUUGGUAGUGAAAAGGGUUUGCUUGGCUAUGAUAACGAAGAGCCUCCAGUUGCCUUCUUGGAUUCCCUCAUUCUUGGGGAGUGGGAGGACCGUAUGCAGAGAGGGCUAUUCCGCUAUGAUGUCACUGCCUGCCAAACCAAGGUGAUUCCCGGAGAAUUUGGCUUCAUUGCACAGCUGAACGAGGGCCGUCACCUAAACAAGAGGCCCACUGAAUUUCGAGUCGAUAGGGUUCUCCAACCAUUUGAUGGGAAAAAAUUCAACUUCACUAAAGUUGGACAGGAAGAGGUGCUAUUCCAGUUUGAAGCAAGCGAAGAUGAUCAAGUUCAAUUCUUCCCCAAUGCACCCAUUGAUGUCGAGAAUUCUCCAAGUGUUGUUGCCAUAAAUGUUAGUCCCAUUGAAUACGGGCAUGUUCUUUUGAUCCCACGGAUUCUUGAGUGCUUGCCACAGAAGAUUGACCAUGAAAGCUUCUUGCUUGCACUUUACAUGGCAGCAGAAGCAGGGAACCCAUACUUUCGAUUGGGUUACAAUAGCUUGGGUGCAUUUGCUACCAUCAACCACCUUCACUUCCAGGCAUAUUACUUGGCCGUGCCCUUUCCCAUUGAGAAGGCUUCCACUAAGAAGAUAACAACUCCCACUAAUGGGGUGAAAAUUUCUGAGCUGUUAAACUAUCCUGUCAGAGGUCUUGUUUUCGAGGGUGGGCAUACUCUGCAAGAUUUGUCCAAUGUCGUCUCCGACUCCUGCAUUUGCCUUCAAGAUAACAACAUUCCUUACAAUGUCCUUAUCUCUGAUUCUGGGAAACGGAUCUUUCUCCUCCCACAGUGUUAUGCUGAGAGACAGGCUCUCGGGGAAGUGAGUCCUGAUCUUCUGGACACCCAAGUGAACCCAGCAGUUUGGGAAAUUAGCGGGCAUAUGGUUUUGAAAAGGAAGAAGGACUAUGAAGAGGCGUCUGAUGAAAAUGCUUGGAGGCUCCUUGCUGAGGUCUCCCUUUCUGAAGAGAGGUUCCAAGAAGUGAAAGCUCUUAUUUUUGAAAGCAUUGGUUGUGGUGAUGAUGGAAAUGGAGGUGUCACUCAGAUCUUGCUUGAGGAGCCAGAUAUCACACUUCAACCCCUUGAAGUAGAAGCCCUUUAACAAAGAUUCCCGUCCUUCACAAGAAUGCCUAGUUCUGCACGGAGAAUUGGGCGUUGAAGAACAGAACGGUGGUCUAUAAGUAUGUCUAUAUCAACUAUAGCAGUGUGCUAUUGGACUUUGUAUGCGUUCUGAUGUGAAUUGUCCCUAAAUAAAGGAAACUAGGCUUGGUAUUGAGGUUAUGUCUAUGUUGUAUGCAUAUUAUUAGCUUUGAUGUUCUAUUUGCUUGCGCUUUGUGGGUUUAUGUAAAAAAACUAGGUACUGUUUGCUCUGAAGAGCUAUAUGUAUCUGUUUGUUUGAGAUUUUAGAAUCA